CAUAACUGAAAUGGUUAUUUUGAAUACAAUUAGGUAUUUGUGAUUAAUGUAAAAUAUAUUUGUGGAUUUCUACCGCUUGGAAGCAGCCCGCCCGCCUGACUCGCCCCGUACAGCUGAUGCCGGUUUGGGGCAAAUCGAACGCACCCGUUGCCGUGUUUUGUUGUUUUUUCAGCGGCGUAUCGUGUGUGGCCUGUCAAACCGAGUGACUUCACACUGCAACGACGACACUGGAAUAACAGGGAUGCUCAUGACUAAAAAGACCAGGAGCACAAUGAAACCGCCAUCGCAGUCACCUCCUGUAAGCAGCUUAGUAUUUGAAGGCGUCUACAACAAUGCCCGAAUGCUUCAUUUCCUCACAGCGGUCGUGGGCUCCACCUGCGAUGUGAGGGUGAAAAAUGGAGCGUCCUAUGAGGGAAUCUUCAAGACUUUAAGCUCACAGUGCGAGCUGGCUGUGGAUGCUGUCCAUAAACAGAGUGAUGGAGACGGAGGAGGAGGAGGAGAGGAAGGAGGAGGAAGCCAGUCCUCUCCUCCUAAGAUUGAAGAUAUCACUGACACCAUGAUCUUCAGCCCCGCCGACCUGGUGACCAUGACCUGCCGCGAUGUCGACUUAAACUUUGCCGUCAGAGACACGUUUACCGACACGUCCAUCAGCUCGUCUCGGGUGAACGGGGACCACCGGGAGAAGGUUCUGCAGAGGUGGGACGGAAACGGAAUCGGAGAAAACUUCGAGCUCGAGGCGGACACAUCAAACGGCUGGGACGCCAACGAGAUGUUCAAGUUCAACGAGGAGGCGUAUGGCGUCAAGUCCACCUACGACUCCAGCCUCUCCAUGUACACCAUGCCUUUGGAGAAAGGGAACUCUGAGGUUUUCCGACAGCGGGAAGCGCGAGCCGCUCGGUUGGCCAACGAGAUCGAGGGCAGCGUGCAGUACCGCCGGCGGGUUUCUUUGGAGAACGACGAGGGCCGCAGCGAGGAGGACAAAUACAGCUCGGUGGUCCGAGAGAGGGAGGACCGGGCCAGUCCCGGCUUCCCCGCCGGCGGCCGGGAAGGUAAAUACAUUCCUCUGCCUCAGCGGGCUCGGGAGAUCAGCCUGUCUGGCAGGACCGGAGCCUCCGGGCGCACCGGUGCACCAGCCUCCUCCAGACACCCAACGCCUGGCUCGUCUUCCCCCAAACCGCCGUCUGAGAGGAGCAGCCCGCUGUCCGUCAGGACGGUCUACUCUCCUCACCAAUCACAGAGCAGCCCUCCGGCAGCCGGCAGCCCUCCCUGCACCAAUCACGUCCUCCCGCACUCCCUCUCCCACCCGCAGGCGCUGGCCGACUCCACUCGCUCAGCCGUUAACGGAGUUACAUCCAGAACUUCCCCCAAAUCACAGAGACUCCAGAGCAGAAACCUGAGGACCCCAAACUCCCAGUCCUCACAGGCAGUCUCUCGUGCUCCUAAAGCAGACCCUCCCCAGGAUCUCCCCCUGGUCGGCCCCAUUUUCUUGGACUCCUCCUCCACUGUCGGCACGGCGACCACCAAACCCUCUGGUCCCACCCCACUCUUCCCGGUUGAUGUGAAUGAGAUCCUCAACACAGCAGCUAAAGAGAGAACUGAAAGUCUGUCUGAAGGCAAGAACAGCAAAGCUCCCACGGUGCAGCAGAGAUCCCAGCUGGAGGAGCUCCGCAAGUUCGGCAAAGAGUUCAGGCUGCAGCCCACCUCGUCUCCGUCAGGGAGCCCGGCCGCUGCAGAUCCUCCUCAGCAUAGCUCUGCCCCCCUGGCCUCCUCCUCUGCCUCCCCCGCUCCCCCUAAACCUGCCCCCUCCUCUGCCCAAGAUCUGCAGCCGACCCCAGAGGCCGCUGCCACCCCCGCUGGCGGCCUCCAGUCUGCAGGGCCAGAGGGGCCGCAGCCUGGGACCCCGGCCGCCGGCAGCGAGGACGGCUGCUCAGAGAGCGGGGAACGUCCAGACUCUGCAGCUGUAACGCAAGUGAAGAACUCAACAUUGAAUCCAAAUGCAAAAGAAUUUCUUCCCGUUAAAGUUAACACAGUCCAGAAGCCGGCGCCGACCCCCACCCCUCCCCGGCCGACCCCUCCCAGCCCCUCUCUGGUUCUGGCGCCUCAAGGACAGCCAGGAGGGGGCGCUAUCUACAGCAACCCACCGGGCCACUACCUGUCCUACGUCUCUCCCCUCCACAUCCAGGGACACCAGAUCCAGGCUCCUCAGAUGUAUCAGUACACCAUGUCAACGGUCAACCAGGGCAAAUACCCCAGAGCCAAAGGCCCGGUGGUGGGACAGCGCCCGGAGCACUCGGCCUCCCCCAUGCUCUCGGCUGCAGCCUCGGCAGCAGGACCCCCGCUGGUGGCUUCCCCUUACCCGCAGUCCUACCUGCAGUACGGCCAGGUGCUCCAGGCCAUGCCCCCACACUACCACGGACAGACAGUUUACUCGAUGCUGCAGGGGGGAGCGAGGAUGCUGACGCCCGGGGCCCCUCCCCAGCAGAUGGGUCCACCUGGCCCCCAGUACCCCGGCCAGGCUGAGGGCCCCCAGGGGCCACAACAGGCCAUGUAUGCUCAGUCGUUCUCUCACCAUUCGGGCCCCAUGCAUCAUCCUCAGCCGUCCAGCACCCCCACUGGGAACCAGCCUCCUCCCCAGCACACAGCUCCCAGUCCCGGACACAAUCAGUCAAACCAGGCUGGUCCUCAGCCUCAGUCCUUGUUCCACUCUGGAGGUUUGUCGGCCCCCAACCCUCCUAACAUGCAGCCAGGCCACAGCUCCCCCCAGGCCUCCUACACCAUGCAGGGAUACAGCCUCCCCACCCACCAGCCGCUGCCCCACGGCUUCCCCUCCAUCAGCCAGCUCACACAGGCUCAUGUUACAGGAGGGAUGUCUGGACCGCACCACUCUGCUGGCCACGGCCUGCCGCCCGUCAUGCUGCACUACGUCUCCCCUCAGCAGGGCGGGGGCUCCAACCCCCAACAUGGCCCCCAACAGGGAGCGCCACAACACUUCUACAUCGGACACCCACAAGCUCUUCAGGUCCAGGCUCACCCUGGCCAGCAGCUGACCUUUCACCCCUCUGCAAACUGAAACCCGUCCCAGCUGGCUUCAGGAGCGAGGGAGACGAGCGCUACUGCGUGAUGGAAAAAAAAACAACCCCAAAAUCCCCAAAUAACUCGUAACAUUCCCCCCUCCUGACAUCAAAUUAACACAUCCUCAUUUUGACCCACUUCAUCCUUUAGACAGAAAGACGUUUCUGGAUUUUAAAAUGUAAAUACAGACGGUUUUCACAUGUGAACACAAAGCUGGACUGAAGACGAUAACGAGUGGAAACAUUUAGACUGACGGCAGUGGAAACAGCCCCCCCCCCCCCCCUGUCCUUUUACAGACGAAACUAGUUCAUUAAUAAUAAAACCACUGAAAA